AUGCUACAUAAAAGUACGCAGGCAAAGAAGAAUUACCCACCCAACCGUGCACUGAUGGUGUCACCUCGUAUGGUAGCGAAACGUUUGCAAGUCAUUUGCCACUCUCGACGAACAGAAAGCAACCAUCCACGAAUUUUCACAACGGGAUCCCCAAAACCUGUCUGCUAUCCAAACCUAAUGGCACAUGACCAACACAAAUGGCUCGUACCACAUUGGGUCCGAAACACCACUGAUCAGAGUGCAACCACGUUACGCCAGAAUAACGCUACACUGACCUUUGAACCAUUGAGGACGGUUCGAUAUGCACCCCGCUGCUGA